AUGCCUAUUGUGUUACUAGGUGAUGAUCAUCUACAGCAAGACAAGGCUGUCACUGCUUUUUCUCUUUCAGAGCCAACUGUGAACCCAGCAGAAGCCACAGUAACUACUGCAGAGUCGAUAACCUUUUCAGAUGAAGGGAUCAAAGGAACCAUUCAUGCUGUAUCAGGUGAAAACCAACAUGAGGUUGAUAACAAACCCGAUUUGCCUAUGCGUCCUACAGAACCAGUAGAUUCCGGAGCCUCCUGUCAGAAGUCAGAGAAAGAACAAUGGGUGCUUGUGCAGAAAGAGGAACUUGCUGAUUUUAAGGAAGAGACCGAAGAUAAACCACAAAGGCCAGCCAGCCUAAAUCAAGAGGGAGAUAACCAAGAGGAACCUAAGGCGGAGGAGGAGGCAGGAGAAAGGGCCUCGGUGUGCAGCACACUAAGUGACCCCCAACUGGCAGGAAAAAGCAGUAGCGAGACCAGUACUCCCGAAGAACUUAGAACCUAUGAAGAUUCCAGUUCCGGAGUGGAAUCCCACUCAGACGAUGUAGCUACGUCGCCACAAACCACACUCACCCCUGACCCGGAUCUAGGUAUCCACAUGGGUCAGGAAGAAGGGUCAGACACGCCGGCAGGAACGCCAGCCUCAAAGGUCAAGGGGGCGCCUCAUCCUCUCCAGAAUGCCAGCCUCGAGGAGCUCUCUGAAGGGACUUCUCUUUCUUUUAGUGUCAUUAAAACCCCGGAGGAGAAGGAAGUGGCCCACAAAAUGGAAGUGACUGGCUUCACGUGCCCCCCGGUGUCACCCGUCUCCAGAGAACAAAGAUGUGAGGAGAGAGCAGAAGAAAGAGGUCCCCUGAGAGGUGAACCCAUCCCCAUCUCCUCUCCUCCUCCUCUCUCUGCGGACGGGUUAUACACCAUCUACGAGGCCGACCACGGAACGCAAGAGCGCAGUCCCAGAGGGGCGGAACUGGGGCUGGUGGAGCACAUCAUCGGGAGAACUUUGUUCCUGGCUGCCUCAGAAGGCGGGAUGAAGGGAGGAGUCAAGGGUCAGCUUGAACUGGGAAAGUGGGCAGAACUGUUGUCUCCCUUGGAUGAAUCGCGUGCCAGCAUCACAUCAGUCACCAGCUUCUCCCCUGAAGGCGACGUCUCCUCGCAAGGUGACUGGACAGUAGUGGAGGUGGAAACAUUCCACUGAGGGGGGCCCUUGCGGAGCAUCGUGAUGAAUGUUUAGGGUAGGAGCUCCACCUGUGAGAACCAUAGCAUAAUAUGCAGGGUGUGAGCUCCGCCCAUGAGGUGCACUAUGAAGCCAUGUAGAACAGCAGGAAGGAGCUGUAUGCAUCAAUGUGCAAUAUGUGAGUAAUGUAUGCGUGUGGAGCUUUGCACUAUUUAUGGUUUUUUGAGGUUGAUUUGAAUUCAUGUCCAUUAUGAAAACUGUUUUUUCUCAAAUAA